AUGGGCACUAAAAGUCGCGCGACGCUACGACGUGAGAAGAAAAGGAAGCAGGUGGGAGAAAUCACGACUGCAUCUCAUCGUAGUAUAUCGGCUCUUUCAAGCUCUACAAAGUCUCAAAAGCAUCAGAAUAAGAAGGAGAAGAGCAUUGAUGACAGCGACUUGGACUUGUCGGACGAUAUGAAUCUAGCUGCAGUCAUCCCGCUACCGUCAUUGGAGGAUGGAGAUAAAGUGAGUGACUUUAUGCAAGAACUGGACAAAGAGAAGAAGGGCAAACGCGCGUGUUUCAAGGCGGAACAGCAUGUUGUGAACGAGAGAAAGAAGAGAUACAGGGAGGAGAAGGCCGAGAAGAUUGUAUGGCGUAAGUUCGACCGAGAGAAUCGUGCGUUUGAGAAUUUCUAUGAACGCUGUUUGGGACUCGAAAAGGAUGAAUUUGUACGCUUUUUGGCAUGCUUGAAAGAACCGCUGCCAGUAUAUCUACGUGUCAAUGGCAAUUACACCAGUUUGAGUGAGAUCGUGACAGGAACCUUGGAAAUGGACUUUAAUCUGAUUGAAGUGACAGUGCCGACGUCUACAAGAGACGGUAAAAUGCAGGUACAGUUUGCACCCGAGCCGUGGUCUCUUGAGAAGAGGUUGUGGAAAUUGUCGGUUGAUAGUAAGACAUUUCGGAAGGUAGAAGGGCUGAAAGCGCUUAGCACGUAUGUGCGUGCACAAGGAUUAUUGGGCACACUUCUCCGACAAGACCCUGCUGCUACUGUGCUGCCGGCGUUCUUGGAUGUGCAGCCUGGUCAACGCAUUCUGGAUCUUUGCGGUGGUGGUGAACAUCGUGCGCCUAUUGUGACGGAGUAUCUGUCUCCUUCUUCUUCUGCUAGCGCUGAAAAUGCGACCAGCUCUAGCGCGACAAGCUUGCUGGUUGUAAACGAACGCGACGCCACGGCGGCGGCGUCGGCGGUACGAAAUUUGACUCGAACACUGCCACUAGAGCGCAAGCUUGUCGUGACAGCGCAUAAAGCAGAGGAGUUUCCUACUCCGGAAGCUGCUGAUGCUCUGUUUGACCGUGUCAUUUGCUGUGCUCCGUGCUCUGGAGAUGGUUUGAUCCGCAAGCUUCCGGAGAAGUGGCGUACUUGGAGUCCUGAGCAAGCGCUGGUACACCACCUCAGCCAAGUGGGUCUGGUAGAACAUGCGCUGACUCUUCUGCGUACUGGUGGUACGUUGUUGUACAGCACACGAUCAUUAAACCCGAUCGAAGACGAGGCAGUGAUAGCUGAGCUGCUUCGCCGCUCGAAGGGUGCGCUGGAACUUGUUGAGACCAAGGAUGUUCUAGCAGGACUAAAGCGCUCGCAUGGCAUAACCAAAUGGGAUGUUCUUGACGUGGCGUCCUGGAAGGAUGUCCCAGAGCACCAGCGGCAUCGUCUCCGUCCGUCCAUGUGGUCCCCGACAUCUGAAGAGUGCAAUGAGAUGCAUCUUGAGCGUUGUAUUCGUGUAUUACCUCACCAUAACGACACCCACGGACUCUUUCUCGCAGUCCUUCGUAAGGUUCGUGAAACAGUCCGUGUAUCUACUGCUGUAGGGCCUGCCCCACCUUCUCAAUCAAAAAUUGUGGUCAAGACAACUGCUUCGAAAAACAAGAAGUCUUUGAAGGCUGAAAAGCCGUAUGGAUGUUUUGCUACCAUUGACAAGCAGCACUUGUCCUCAAUUCGGUCAUUCUUUGCCAUUCGUUGCGAUUCAGUAUUCCUUGAGCGCACAGGUAUGGCUCGUCAAAAGCGUGCAGUUCAUGUGGUGACGCGUGCAGUUGCAGAGCUAGUGACUCACCAGCUUCGCGGACGACUGAGUAUCUAUCGCGCUGGUGUGUUUGCACUAAAACCUGGAACCGGAACAGAGACUGUUUUCUAUGAGCUUACAGAUCAUGGCGCAAGGGCAUUGUUACCUGAGAUGAAUGCUCGUGUCUUAAGCUUGCCGCUAGAUGAGUUUACAUCGUUCCUGCAGUCACGCGAAAUGUGGCUACGGAAUGCUGGUAAACACGCUUGCAAGCAGCUAGCGAAAAUGACCGAGGGUAGUCUUGCUGUCGUACUGGAUGACAUGGAACCCGCUCAAACAGGUGAUCGAGAUAUCGUGCUAACAGCUGUGAAGCGACAUAAUUCGUGCUCAAUCAUGUCAUCGUCUGCAGCAAUUGCGCGUAUCAAAGCUUUGCUAGAGGAACGCAAUGAUGUCGCUGAGAAUGACGAGGACGGUGACGAUUCGUUUGAGUUUUAG